CAGGUGUCUAACCACUGACAAACAGCCGAGGAGAAGAAGAAAGAAGAAUAACACCUUCCAGGGGCAAAGGACUCGGCUGAACUUAAGCACGAUUCUUAUGUUAAUAUGAUACUAACAUGGACUAAACGAAGAAGGUGACACUGUUUGGGAUCAAUGUUCACUAUCAGGUGCAUUUUGGGACCAUCUGCAAAGCGUUUGGCCUCAGACUCAGCGUUUAGACACAAGAUAAAGCUACAAAUCAGGAUGUCCAGUUCACCUCACCCACUGGCUGCAGUCUGUCAGGUGACGGCCACCCCGGACAAAGAGGCCAACUUCUCUGCCUGUAAACAGCUGGUGGAGGAAGCCAAGGAGCGCGGGGCCAGCAUGGUCUUCCUGCCUGAAGCCUUUGAUUACAUUGGAUCCAGCAGAGAGGAGACGCUGUCGCUGUCAGAGAGCCUGGAAGGGGACACCAUCUCAAGAUACACUCAGCUGGCCAGGAAGUUGGCGGUGUGGCUGUCUCUCGGAGGAUUUCACGAAAGAGGACACAACUGGGAAACAGACAGACGAAUCUACAACAGUCACAUCAUAAUCAACGAUAGAGGUGACAUCAUGUCAGUCUACAGGAAGUCCCACUUGUUUGAUGUGGAGCUGCCAGAAAAGGGUGUUUCCCUCAAAGAAAGUGGCUUCACCAUCCCUGGACCAUCCCUCGUGUCGCCAGUUCAAACCCCAAUUGGCAAGGUCGGCUUGGGCAUCUGCUACGAUCUGAGAUUCCCUGAGUUGUCGCUCGCUCUGCAAACACACGGGGCUGAAAUUAUCACGUACCCAUCAGCCUUCACCGUAGCAACAGGAGCUGCUCACUGGGAGGUGUUACUACGCGCUCGUGCGAUCGAGACCCAGUGCUUCGUCCUGGCGGCGGCACAGGUCGGUCGGCACCACGAGAAGCGGUCGUCCUACGGCCACGCCCUGGCGGUGGACCCGUGGGGCGAGGUGCUCGGUGACUGCGGAGGAGAAAAGCCCGGCGUGGUUCUAGUGGAGGUGGACCUGGAGAAAGUCAGGAGAACCAGGAGGAACAUGCCGGUCCAGCAGCACCGCAGAGACGCUGCUUUCUACCACAGCCUAGGUCAAAUCUGAUUAUGACAGAAGUUAAAACUGUAUCACAGAAAGAGACAAGCUGAUAGAAUCACACACUGUAACGAGCUAAACGGGACGAGUCUUUAAUUAUGAGCCUGCAGAAGAACUGGAUAAGAAGUCACAUUUCUGUCAUUCUGCAGGAUGAAAGAGGCAAGUGAUUCGAUUAAUGAAGAAUCAAGAGAAAUGACGUUUAGCUAGUCCGUUCAAAAAGGCUUUCAGUGAGAAAAGAAGCAGGGAUUCUAGUCAGAUUAAUUAUUCAGGCUUGUUCUGCUCUUGAUGAGAAGAACUGUAUAUCACUGGAGGAGAUGGUGGCUGAGGCAGGAAUCUGAGCUUCAUCCGUUUAAAGCCUGAGUCAUCCUAUCAUCCCCGCAGUAGAUAAUCCCAUUUCCUCUUAAUAAAGCUCAAUCAGAACCUUUUAUCUAUUCCAAUCAAGAAAAUCUGAUCAGACCUCCAGCUCAGAACUAUGAUAUUACCCAUACAGAUCAAUAGAUGGUACUAUUGGCCAGUAAGAACAUAGGAAACUGGAGGAAGGGGUGUGCAAUAUAUCUGUAAUUGUUUCAAUAUUAAAUAUAAUUCAAAGAAACAUUA